AUGAUCUUCCGCUCAGCACACCCCCCGAUCUCAGUGCCAUUGGAUGUCACGCUGUGGGACUGGCUUUUCGACUCACCGUCAUCUCCCCUCUCGCAGCACGAGGGCGCCAAUCUGGGGGGAUUCACGAAUGCCAUUACGAAAGAGCGCAUUCGCUAUGACCAGUUCAAAGAAUAUGCCUCGUUUAUUUCCACGGCUUUAGUCCAGGAUUUCAAGCUUGCUCCCGGGAACACCGUCGCCCUCUUCAGCCAUAACACGGUCUGGUAUCCCGUUGCUAUGUUUGCGACCACUCGCGUUGGCAGUGUGAUGUCUGGUGCAUCGCCAGCUUACAAUGUCGAAGAAAUGACCUACGCCCUGAAAACCGCCGAUGCGAAGAUCCUGAUGACUGCUGCGUCUUCGCUUUCGGUCGCCAUUCCCGCCGCGGAGAACGCAGGGAUCCCCAAGGACCGCAUUAUACUCCUAGAAGGCGAGAAGGAGGGGUUCACGACAAUCCAUGAUUUGAUCGCUCUGGGGAAAAAGAAGGGCGCUGCCAAACAGACUCCGCCUUAUAAGUUUCGCCAAGGAGAAACUAACAGGGACCUCUGUAGUUUUCUCAGCUUCAGUAGUGGCACCACUGGCCUCCCGAAGGCUGUCAUGAUCUCACACCACAAUGUUAUUGCCCAAUGUAUGCAGGUCGAGCCGCUAUCACAGAAAGACCAUACAAGAGUCCUUGCUGUGCUGCCUCUGUUUCAUAUCACUGGCCUCGUGCACCAAAUGCACCUUCCCGUCCUUCGCAAUGCAGAAGUAUACAUGCUGCCCGCCUUUACCAUGAAGUCGAUGCUCGACACGGUCGUCACCUAUAAAAUCCAAGAGCUCCUCCUCGUCCCACCCAUCCUCAUCCGACUCCUCCGCGACCCCCUCGUGAAGGACUACGAUCUGUCGCACGUGCAGAAGUUCUCCUCCGGCGCCGCCCCUCUCUCCGCCGAGGUCACGCAAGAGCUGCAGCGACGCUUCCCGGGGACAGGGUUCAAGCAAGGCUACGGGAUGACGGAGUCCUGCAGCUGCAUUACCGCCCACCCGCUGGAGAAAUCGACGUACGAGUACGCGCACCGCGUCGGCACCAUCGUCGCGAACACGGAGGUCAAGAUCGUGGACCCGGAGACGGGCGCCGAGCUCGGCGUCGGCGAGCAGGGCGAGAUUCUCGCGCGGGGGCCCCAGAUCGUCAUGGGGUAUCUCAAUAACGAGAAGGCCACCCGGGAAACAUUCGACGCGGAGGGCUGGCUGCACACGGGCGACGUGGGGUUCAUUGACGAGGAAGGGUUCAUCACCAUCACCGACCGAAUCAAGGAGAUGAUCAAAGUCAAAGGGAUCGCGGUGGCGCCGGCCGAGCUCGAGGAUCUGCUCCUCGGGCAUCCGGCGGUGGAAGACGCGGCCGUGAGUCCCAUUUCCGACGAUUAUGCGGGGCAGCGGCCCAAGGCGUACGUCGUUUUGAAGCCGAGCGUGCGUCAGGGGAAGGAGCCGCACGCACUGCUUCCUGUCUUGCGUCAGAUUCUGGAAUAUGUGCGGGCAAAUAAGGUGCGGCAUAAAUGGGUCACCGAGGUGGAAUUGGUGAGUGAGAUUCCCAAGAGCGCGAGUGGGAAGAUUCUGCGGCGCGUGCUGCGGCGCUUGGAGCAGGACAAGGGGCCUGAAGGGCGGAUCAUCUUCAAGCAGGACGAGACAAAAUCAAAGCUGUAG